AUGCUCCGCAUAGGUAUUGGUUUGGCUCUUGCCACAGGCGCAUAUUUCUCUGAACGGAAUCGACGCCAUCGAGGCCGAGCUAGAGCAGGUUCAGAGCCACCUGCUCGAAGACGCCGUCCUAGACGAGAGGCGCCUUACUCCGACGAGGAGUUUAAGAGCGGUGCCGAAGAAGAAGAUUGGAAAGCAGUGCAACCUUGGCGGAAGAGCAGAAGAGCCGUCCCAAGGCAUGGGAGUUCCCCACAUGGAUCCUCGGACUUUGAAGUCGUUUCCGCCGAGCAGUCCGAUAGAGAAUCGCUGGCUGCAUCGGUGUCUGCAGCCACGCACUGCCCGAGUUAUGAUCUUAUCGUCGCAGGCGACAGUUUCCGGCCAAGUAGUCGCAGUAGCAGCGGAGUAAUGGAGAAUCAAAUGGUGGUCCCAUAUACGGAACCCCGAGCGCAUGCACCGGCGAACAUUCCUCGAUACGUUUACCGACCUCUCAGGGGCAAUCACACGAUACGGUUGAUUGAGUUACACCCAGCAAUGAGGCUUUCAGACACCCUUGCGUUCCGGUUCUUCCAUGUUGAUCUGGAUAUGCUUUCCAUACGACCGAACGGGAUAUCCUACGAAGCCCUUUCGUACGUUUGGGGCAGUCAUAUCAUGCACCAUUCUACGUACUGUUAUGACUCCGUUCGUCAUCAAAUUCCCUCGGGUCAAUACCCCCCAGUACCAAGCUACUGCUAUAAACCGAUUACCGCAAGUGUGGACGGUGCGUUACGCCGUCUAAGAUAUUCUGAUCGAUCCAGGAUUCUUUGGGUCGACCAGCUCUGCAUCGACCAAGAAAGCUUUGCGGAAAAGAAUCAUCAAGUCAGGCAAAUGUCAAACAUUUACAGCCGCGCAGGUCGAGUGCUUGUCUGGCUUGGCGAAGACAAAAGACAAGGCGAAAGGGCACUAUCAUUGAUCAAACGUAUGGGGAAGUGGAUGUUGAAAGAAUGUGACCCGAGCGGGCAUCUGCCGUCCACGGAGACUGCACAGACUGUCCUUGAUGAACGAUUAACAACCGUUUUUGGACAUCCAGACCUCGGACAUGUCCAGCAGUUCUUCCUUCGAAAAUACUUCCGUCGACGUUGGGUCAUUCAAGAGUUGGUCUGCGCUCAACGAGCAGUGGUGGUCUGUGGAACAAAAGAAUGCGACUGGGAAUACUUCGCCGCGGCCAUCCAACUCUUCCAUCAACUGCAUGUGCGCGACACGCUCUUCGACGGCGCAGUACUAAGCACGGUUGAAAGUUUGCGCUACAUCGAUUUCCUCAAGCGAACGCCAUCGAUGACCGAGGAGCUCGGAAUCUUGGACUUCCUAAGUCUUUUCCACGCGGCAGAGUGUGGUGAUGAUAAUGACCGAAUCAUAGCCUUACUUGGUAUUUCAGAUGGCGAAUCGGCAUCGGAAGGGCUCGAUUACGGCCUAUCUACCGAGGAGCUAUACAGCAGGUUUGCCUCUCAAUCCAUCGAUGACUUCGGUCUGGAUAUCCUUCACCUGGCUGGGACGUUCAAGUCGAACCAGGCCCGCAACGGUGGCCUGAAGUCCUGGAUGCCGGACUGGCGUGCAGUGCCGCUGCAUAAGUCAUUCGUGAGCAUCCACAAGUUCAGUGCGGGAAUACCAAUGGACGCAGAUUCCAGGAGAAGCGAAUUGAUGUGGGUUACGGAACACGGUGAAUUGUUGGUGGAAGGAUUUGUCCUGGAUACAGUCUUCGUUACGAGCGACUCCGUGAGUCGACCACUAGGCAUUAACGAGAUUAUAAACAUCCUUCCGGACUGGGCCAAGGUCGCAGGGCUCGGUAUUGGUUCGAGCCCGGAUGCCAGUUCCCAACUCAAAUCUAUCCCCUCUGCCAAAGCUCUGGCGACCACAUUAAUCGCAGACCAUGGCCACUACGAAGGGACUGGAUUCCAUCUGACCCAUGGAGAUCGUGCUGUUCUCACCCGCCGCAAGCACAAACUCCGCAUAUCGGCCUGGAAAGGGUUCCGAGAACUUUUCGGGUCCCACACCACUGACCAUCGCCAUCGCCCCGCCCGCUCUGACCCAAACGACUCGUCCGAUUCGGACACACCGCACCCCACGCGCACCGUGCCCCGGUUUUCGAAACACGCAAGGCAAUAUGCCCAGCUCGUCGGCACCACGAUGAGCGGGCGCUGCCUCUUCCGCACGUGCGGGGGGCGAGUGGGCAUCGGGCCCGAGGGCAUGCAGAGCGGCGACUUCGUGGUGAUCUUACUGGGGGCUCGGACGCCGUUUGUGUUGCGGCCUGGCAGCCGUAGCGAGCGGUUCACGUUGGUUGGGGAUACCUAUGUGCACCAUUGCAUGGAUGGCCGGAUGGCGGCGGGCAGGGAGCGGCAGUUCUUGAUUGAGUGA